AUGGCUACCGCCUCUGUCUCAACGCCGAUAAAGAGCCACCGCGGCCUCUUCUCGAGCAAAACCGCUGGAGGCCGCAUGCCUCUUACCCCAUCGCCUAGCACAAGGACCACCAGUCUCACGAGCAAUGCUUCCCCCAGUUCGUCUCCCCUGACUCCUUCUCGUGAUGCCAGUGAUGUCCCUCGUGCCUCGUCCCAAUCAGUAUAUGGGGGAAAUCUGGCUGCGCACUUUAAGUCUGCCUCCCGGUCAUCCCGCAACUACCGUGACUCGCCAAAGUCAAACAUCGCUCGCGGUCGCAAGUCCCCUAAGCACCUGGAAUUGGGGGUCUCUGACUGGACUUUGACGGGAACUGGACCAACAUCCAGCCAGACCCCAUCCAAGGAGCGCGCGCGCAAAGAUGCUUCGAGCCGGUCUCGAGCAACCAAGACAACCAUCCGCAUUCCUCACAACGCGGGUGAUCGUUUCAUUCCCAACCGCAUGGCUAGCGAAGGCUUGACGACUGCUGGUGCAGCAAAGCCUGAGGAGAGCCAAAGACCAAAGACCAGUGGCAGUGACGGAUCUGCAGUCCUCGCCAACGCUGCCAGUGCCUUUGACAUCGGGGGUCGGGGAUCAGACGAGGACAUCACUGCUGCUCUUGAGAACCUCGGCCUCGAUGACAAUGAAUCCACGAGCAACUCUUCCCGACCUGCGCCCGAUGCUGUCGCCUACGAGUCCUCGUUGGCAAACGCGUGUGGUGUGAACCUGAACACCCGCAUCCUGGCCUUCAAGCCACCACCACCUGAGUCAUCCAAGCCCAUUGAUCUCAGAGCUCAGUACAACCGCCCUCUCAAGCCUGCUGCUUCCCAGUCUGCUCAGUUCCGUCGACGCGUUCAGACCGCACCUGAGCGUGUUUUGGAUGCUCCUGGACUGCUAGACGACUACUAUCUCAACCUUUUGGAUUGGAGCUCUGGCAACCAAGUCGCCAUUGGUCUUGAGCGCAACGUCUACGUGUGGUCUGCCGACACCGGAGCUGUCAACUGCCUUCUCGAGACGUCUCCAGACACAUACGUCAGCAGUGUCAAGUGGAGUGGGGAUGGCGCCUACGUCAGUGUCGGCCUGGGAACGGGUGAAGUCCAGAUCUGGGACGUUGAGGAAGGCACGAAGCUGCGGAGCAUGUUUGGCCAUGACACUCGCGUGGGAGUCAUGGGAUGGUCGAAGCACACCUUGUCGACCGGCGCCCGCAGUGGCCUUGUUUUCAACCACGACGUUCGCAUUGCCCAGCACAAGGUUGCUGAGCUUGUCUCGCACACCUCUGAGGUGUGUGGACUGGAAUGGAGGUCCGAUGGCGCUCAACUCGCCACUGGCGGCAAUGACAACCUGGUCAACAUCUGGGAUGCGCGGUCUCUCAGCGCACCCAAGUUCACCAAGACGAACCACCGUGCUGCCGUCAAGGCCCUCAGCUGGUGCCCUUGGCAGCUGAAUCUGCUCGCGACGGGUGGUGGUUCCUACGACCGUCACAUCCACUUCUGGAACACGACCACCGGCGCUCGGACCAACAGUAUCGACACCGGCUCUCAAGUCACCAGCCUGAAGUGGAGCAACCACUACCGUGAGAUUGUCAGCACCAGCGGCUUCCCGGACAACUCCCUGAGCAUCUGGAGCUACCCGACCUUGGUUCGUAACGUGGAGAUUCCUGCUCACGAGACCCGUGUCCUCCACAGCUGCCUGAGCCCUGACGGUCAGAUGCUGGCUACAGCUGCUGCCGACGAGAGCUUGAAGUUUUGGAAGAUUUUCGAGCGCAAGCCUGGUACAAGCGCUUCCGCCUCCCGUGAGGGUGGUGUGGGUAGCAAAGCCCAGAUGGCAAAGUCGAUGACUAUCCGAUAA